GCUGCGGGACGCCGCCGCGGUCACCCAAGAGAAAGCAGAGUCCGAGGGAAACCUCUCCGGCGGGAAGUCCGUGGAGGAGCUCUCGGGGCAUGAGUCCAGCAUGACAGAUGAAGGCAUUGUAACAGAGCCGGAAACGGGCCCCACCGGCGCUGCCUACCAGGACCUUGAUCGCAUGGUGGCGGCUUGGAAAUUGCCCGGCGUUGGCCAAGCGGAAAGCAGACCCCUCCGAGCCGGCGGCAAAGAGGGACCUCUCCCGGCGCACACCGCCAGAAUGAAUCACGAGGGCCCCGCUGUUGACGAUGCCCUUGACGGCAAAGCCAUGGCCCAAGCGUCCUCGGAGGCCCCUUCCACCCCGAGCACCCUGCGGCGCCGAAGGAAGUUUCCCUCGGUGGGUAACAGCGGGUCCGAAUCCAGCAAUGGGAGCAACGGGGAGUCCGGCAGCGACACCUACAGGUCCUUGAGUGACCCCAUGCCGCACCGCAGGUGCUCGAUCACGGAAGAGGCCAAGAACUUCUCCAUGGACAGCAAUCUCCUGGGGUCCCUCAGCGCCAAGGCCGGCAUGCCGGAGGCUUCGGCCAUCGCUCGGUCGGAGUGCACGGGGAGCGCCGCCAGCGACCUGUCCGUGUGCAGCGACGGCGUCAAAGACUACAGCCGGGUCAUCCAGAACAUUGUGAGCCAGCCCGGCGCCAUGGACAAGGUGAUCGACGAGAAGGGGAACGGCAAGACCAUCAAGAAGAAGUCUUUCAGCGACCCCAGCCGCCGCGGGGACCUGGCCAGCGCUGGCUUUGAGGGCCCCGGCGAGCCCAUCAGCGAGCUGGACCAGACCAUCCCGCCUUCCAGCAGCGAGCCCAUCCUCUCCGAGCAGCGGGACGAGGCGAGGGAGCUGGAGGAGCUGGCCCCGGAGGCCGGGAAGCUGCGCUCUCAGUCCGAACACGUCCUACCGGCGCAGCCAGGAGCCGGCACUGCGGGGGAGGCCGGCCAGGGCUACAGUUUUGACCCCAAGCUUGCGGAAGUCCUGUCCCCCCGGGUCCUCCGGCGCAGCUCCAAGAAGCGCAACAACCGGGUGACCCACCAGGAGAACAACCAGACGCCGUUCUCAAGCCCUGCUCCCGCUCCCGCCACCGUCAGCAGGUCCCGGCUGGCCUCCAAGCAUGUCCGGCACACGAGCGAGCCUUCCACCUUCAUCCCCAUUUCGUCCCCGGACCCGCCUGCAACGCUCGGCCACAAUGUGCACAUCACCAUGCCGGAGCCAUCCCGGCUCCCCGUCAAGGCCUACCCCGUGCUCCAAGCGCCAUCCUUGGAGGAUGUUACCAAGCAGUACAUGCUGAACCUCAACUCUGGGGACUCGACUUCUGCUAGCCCUGUGGAUAUGCCCAGAUCGUCACCAGCGACGCCAACGACUUCGGAGCCCAAGCUGCUGCGAUGUCCGAAGCAGCAGGAGGACCACGGCUCCGGUGGUGCCAGGACCAAGCCCCAAGUGGAUAUGAGGAAACAUGUCACCAUGACCCUCCUGGACACGGAGCAGUCCUACGUGGAAUCCCUCCGCACCCUGAUGCAGGGUUACAUGAAACCUUUGAAGCAACCAGAAAACUCCAUCCUCUGCGACCCCUCCCUGGUGGACGAGAUCUUCGACCAGAUCCCUGAGCUGCUGGAGCACCACGAGCAGUUCCUGGAGCAGAUCAGCGAGUGCGUGCAGAACUGGCACGAGAAGCAGAAAGUGGGAGACCUGCUGGUACAAUCUUUUUCCAAGGAUAUCCUGGUGACCAUUUAUUCGGCCUACAUCGACAACUUCCUCAAUGCCAAGGACGCUGUGAGGAUAGCCAAGGAAGCCAGGCCAGCCUUCAUGAAGUUCCUGGAUCAAAGCAUGAGAGAGAACAAGGAGAAGCAGGCAUUGUCCGACCUGAUGAUCAAGCCUGUGCAGCGGAUCCCGCGCUAUGAGCUGCUGGUUAAGGACCUCCUGAAGCACACGCCCGAGGACCACCCCGACUACCCCUUCCUAAUAGACGCCCAAAGGAACAUCAAGCAAGUGGCCGAGAGGAUCAACAAAGGCAUGAAGAGUGCCGAGGAAGUAGAGAGGAAUGCCAGAAUAGUACAAGAGAUCGAGUCCCACAUUGAAGGGAUGGAGGACCUUCAGGCCCCUCUGCGGAAGUUCCUGCGCCAGGAGAUGGUGAUAGAAGUGAAGGCGGUGGGUGGGAAGAAGGACCGCUCGCUCUUCCUCUUCACGGACCUGCUGGUUUGCACCACGCUGAAGCGCAAGUCGGGGUCCCUGCGGCGCAGCUCCAUGAGCCUCUACACGGCAGCCAGCGUCAUAGACACUGCCAGCAAGUACAAGCUGCUCUGGAAGCUGCCCCUGGAGGACGUGGACGUUGUGAAAGGGGCCUCCCAGUCCACCAACCGCGAGAGCAUCCAGAAAACCAUCUGCCGCCUGGACGAGGACCUGAGCACGCUGGGCCAAGUCAGCAAGCUCUCCGAGACUCUCAGCUUCCCCCACCAGAGCCUGGACGACGUGAUCAAGGACCUGAUGGCUGCCAUCCACCGGGAGCUGGCCGAGAAGCAGUCCCUGUCCUUCAGCAUGUCCUUCCCACCCAACAAAGUAGAGCUCACCACCACCAAGGCUGACGGCACCGAGUCCUUUGUCUUCGAGUUCCCCAACCCCGAUGCUCGGCACAGCUUCGAACAGGCUUUUGAGGAUGCCAAGAAGAAGCUGGCUUCCAACAAAAACUGCCUGGACCCUGAGUUCCUGAAGGCAAUUCCCAUCAUGAAGACACGCAGUGGGAUGCAGUUCUCCUGCGCCUCCCCCAGCCACAGCGGCCCCGAGAGCGCCUUUGAGGUGUGGGUGUGCAACAGCGAUGGCUACGUGGGGCAGGUCUGCCUCCUCAGCAUCAAGAAGGAACCCACAGUCGAGGCCUGCAUCGCCGUCUGCUCAGCCAGGAUCCUCUGCAUUGCCUCCGUGCCAGGCCUCAAGAGGAUAUACAGGGAUCGUCCUGAGUCACUGGUGAGCCCUUCCACCGAGCCGGCUCCUUCGGCGCUGGAUGAUGCGGGGCCCCAGCAGUGCCUGCACAUCUCCAUCUCCGGCUCCUCCCUGGAGCUCUCAGAGCCUGUGGACAGCGCCAACCGGGAGCUGAUGCCUUUCGACAGCGAUGACACAGAUGAUGAGUCCUCGCCCAGCCCCUCGGGCACCCUCCAGAGCCAGGCCAGCCACUCCACCAUCUCCUCCAGCUUUGGAAACGAAGAGAUGCCAAGCUCCAAAGACGUGACAGCCGAGACGACCAGCUCCGAAGAGGAGCAAGACCCUGGCUUCCUCCCCAUCUCUAGUGCUUUCAGUCAGACCAGGAACAGUGAGAGCCCCAUGGACGGCCGGGCCAUGCGGCGGUCGAGCCGAGGGUCUUUCACCAGGGGCAGCCUGGAGGACCUGCUGAGCACUGACCCCGAGGCCUAUCAGAGCUCCAUGUGGCUGGGCACCGAGGAUGGCUGCAUCCAUGUGUACCAGUCCUCAGACAACAUCCGCAACAGGAAGAACAGCAUGAAGAUGCAGCACUCGGCCUCCGUCAUGUGUAUCCUGUACCUCGAUAACCAGGUCUUUGUGUCACUGGCAAACGGAGAGCUCAUUGUCUACCAGAGAGAAGCAGGGCGUUUCUGGGACCCCCAGAACUCCAAGUCCCUGUCCCUGGGCUCGCCCGGGAGCCCUGUCACUAAGAUGGUAUCGGUGGCUGGGAAGCUGUGGUGCGGCUGUCAGAACAGAGUCAUCAUCCUCAACACGGGCACACUUCUCCAGGAGCACGCGUUCCAAAUCGGGCAGGACAACAACCGCAGCGUGACUUGCAUGGUGAGCUCCAGCCCUGGGAUCUGGAUCGCACUCCAGAGCAGCGCCCAGGUGCGGCUUUACCACGCCACCAGCUACGAGCAACUGGCUGAAGUGGACAUCACGCCGCCUGUCCACAAGAUGCUGGCAGGCUCAGAUGCCAUCAUCCGGCAGCACAAGGCUGCCUGCUUGCGGAUCACAGCGCUCCUGGCCUGCAAGGACUUGCUGUGGAUUGGCACGAGCGCCGGAGUGGUGCUGACACUGUCCAUCACAGCCAACGCCUCCAUCUGGAAGAUGCCGCCGACACUGGUGGGCUUGUCCCAGGGCCACACGGGCCACGUCCGCUUCCUCACCUCCAUCGAGCUGCCGGACGGCUUUGACAUCCUCUUCCCUCUGCCAAGGGAUCCAGGUACUGAGAAGCCAAGCGAGGUGGAAAAGAGGGACUCGACAAGGCACCGGGCCUCUAACAUGGCCCUGUCCAAAUCUAAGAUGCUCGUGAUCAGCGGCGGGGACGGCUACGAGGACUUCCGGCUCACCAACAGCAGCGAGACCGUGGGGCGAGACGACAGCACGAACCACCUGCUUCUGUGGAGGGUCUGAUCAGCCCCUGCUGUGGAGGGAGGAGCGCCGGCUCCAGCCCUGCCGAUCACGGACACUGUCGUGGCCUCCCGGUCCCAUCGGCCCCUCGACCCCUCUCCCCACGCAUGUUUCGUCACCUGCCUUGGAGGCUCCAGCCCGCAUGUGGGCCACGUGCCGCCCAGCGGAGAGGGCCAGCGGCAGCAGGGAGAGAGGAGCCCCAUCGCGAGGUACCGUGUACAGACCACAUUGCACAGCCUGCGCUUAACCCCGCCCGCGUGUAUGUGUAUCCGUGCCUGCGGGGAGAGCUGCACGGAGAGCCCGGGCUUCUGUGGCAUUGCCCCAAAGGGGCCGUGAGGAGGAGGCGGCGGCAGCCGUCUUAGGGAGAGAGCAGGGAAGGGAACCCGUCUUCUGUGCCAUAAACGAAGAGCACGGUAAACGCCCGGCCACUAGCUAAGGACAAACGCAGGCCUCAGACCCGGGUACACCCCAUGGAGGGCAGCAGGCCACCCCUUUAUCCAUGCAUCUGGCCAAGAGCCCCUCUUGCACCUCCGCCAAACUCGC